UCUAAGCGUACAAGACUCUUGUUUACAUCGGCGUAGGAGACUAAUGUGUCCCACAAACACUGGCAUUGUAAAAUACGGGGUUUCCAUCACAUCACAUCAGUAUGUUGAUAAGCCAGGAUCAGGAGGCCCUGAUUGGCCGUGUGUUUGAGACCUACCUGACAGAGCAUCAUCAUGAGGACAUCUUCCAGCUUAUUGCAGAUCCUAUGGAAGAGACCCAUCGGCCUGUUGUCGUUAACGCCAUGACUCUGUUUGAAGCCAAUAUGGAGGUUGGAGACUAUUUCAACACCUUUCCCAAUGAAGUCCUGGCCAUAUUUGAUAAAGUGUUACAGAGAACAGCUGUGGAGUUAUCAGAGAGAUCCUCUCCCAUUCACAGCACAGGACAGAGAGCUAAAGAGAGGAUGACACACACUCUGCACACCCGCAUUACAGGUCUGCCAGUGUGUCCAGAGCUGACCAGAGACACCAUUCCCAGGUCCAGAGACGUAGGACACUUCCUGUCCGUCACUGGCACUGUCAUACGCACCAGUGUUGCCAAGGUUCUAGAAUAUGAGCGGGAUUACAUGUGCACAAAGUGUCGUCACGUUUUCACGAUGCAGGCAGAUUUCGAUCAGUUCUACACGUUUGUCGCCCCGGCGUCCUGUCCCAAUCCUGACGGCUGUAACUCGUACAAGUUCAGCUGUCUGUCAGGAGGAUCGGAGCCGGCUGCCUGCAGGGACUUCCAGGAGAUCAAGAUACAGGAGCAGGUGCAGAGGCUGUCGGUGGGCAGUGUUCCUCGUUCCAUGGUGGUGGUUCUGGAGGAUGACCUCGUUGACAGCUGUAAAUCUGGAGAUGAUGUAACCGUGUAUGGGGUGAUGUGUCAGCGCUGGAAGCCCUUCUACGACGGCACCCGCUGCGACGUGGAGCUGGUCCUCAAAGCCAACAACAUCGAGGUGAACAACCAACAGGCUGCUGCCGCUCUGCUCAUGAAGGAUGUUCAGAGAGAGUUUGAGGACUUCUGGGAAAGUUACAGACUCGAUCCCAUAGCUGGGAGGAACCACAUCCUGUUGAGCCUGUGCCCGCAGGUGUUUGGCAUGUAUGUGAUUAAGCUGGCAGUUGCCAUGGUGUUGGCUGGCGGCGUGCAGAGAAUAGAUUCUUCUGGAACUAAGAUCAGAGGCGAGUGUCACAUGUUGCUGGUUGGUGACCCCGGCACAGGGAAGUCUCAGUUCCUCAAGUAUGCAGCAAAGAUCAUCCCUCGUUCUGUCCUCACAGCCGGGAUUGGAUCAACAAGUGCAGGACUGACGGUGGCAGCGGUGAAAGAUGGAGGGGACUGGCACCUGGAGGCCGGAGCUCUGGUCCUGUCAGACGGCGGUUUGUGCUGCAUCGACGAGUUCAACAGCAUCAAGGAGCACGACCGCAUCAGCAUCCAUGAAGCCAUGGAGCAGCAGUCUAUCAGUGUGGCCAAAGCCGGUAUAGUGUGCAAGCUGAACACUCGAACCACCAUCCUGGCAGCUGCUAACCCUAAAGGCCGGUACGAUCCCAAUGAGCCGCUGUCUGUGAACGUAGCUCUGGCCAGCCCUCUGCUCAGUCGCUUCGACCUAGUUCUGGUGCUGCUGGACACCAGAAACGCAGAGUGGGACAACAUCAUCUCCUCUUUUAUUCUGGAGGACAGAGGACUGCCUGCUGAGUGCGGCAGCCUGUGGUCCAUGGAGAAGAUGAAGGCUUACUUCAGUGUGAUUAAAGGCCUGCAGCCGCAGGUAUCCGAGGACGCCAACAGCAUCCUGACUCGUUACUACCAGCUGCAGAGACAGAGCGAUGGACGCAACGCUGCCCGCACCACCAUCCGCAUGCUGGAGAGUCUCAGCAGACUGGCUGAAGCUCACGCCAGGCUCAUGUACAGAGAGACAGUGACCAUAGAGGACGCCGUCAUGGCCGUCUCAGUCAUGGAGUGCUCCAUGCAGGGCGGCGCUCUGCUGGGAAAUGUAAACGCUUUACUCACGUCAUUCCCCGAUGACCCUGGUCAGCAGUAUCAGACUCAGUGUCAGGUACUGCUGGAAGGACUCAACCUGCCGCUGCUCCUCCAAAAGGAGAUGGACAGAUUAGCCAUGCUGAAGAACAACAGCUCACAGACUUCCCAACAUGACCCACCAACUGGAAAUCACCAACAUCAACACAGAGACCCAAACGCCAUCAACAAAACACACUGCCAUGACAUCACUGCCACCACCACUAACUCCAGUGGUGAUGUCACUGAUGCUGGCUUAGACUGGUUCAACUCAAUCUCUCCGUCACUGUCACCGGAUGGUACAGACUCAUCCAGGAAACCAAACUCCACUUGGUCAGAACUGUUUUCAGAGACCAAACAGCCAGACUGUCAAAAGAGGAAGGUUACUGUAAAUAAUGCUGGUUCAUCAUCAAACUAUGGUGGUGUUUCAAAUCCUGUUGGAACAAUUAGCUCUGCUUCAGAAGAAAAAGAAAACAUAAACUCAAAAAGCUCCAGAACUCAAAAGGGCAUAAAGCAAUCUGAGAGAAAAGAGGAUAAAAAACAUCCCGAGUCAUCAGGGUGUGUGAUUCAGAAAGUCUCCAACCUGCAAGACAGAAGAUGGGAGCUGGAGCUGAAUCAGUGUGACAAACAGGGAGGGCCUGGAGAUACUGCAAGUACAAAUGUUUUGGAUAGAACUUCAGCCUCUGCACUCUCAUCAGGUCAGAACAAAUCCAAAGUUCAGGAUAACCUGUCCUCCGGCAAAGGAAUAAGAUUUGAGAAGAAAGAUAAGAGGGACCAAACUGUGACUAAGAACUAUAGUUCUGUGCUGAAGGAGAAGAUGGCAGCUGAAGCUGCAACAGGAAAAGAACUGCAUGAAAAAUUUUCAGGCUUUACAUUCAAACCAAGAAAGAUGAGACCUUUAGUUCAUGACCUUAGUACCAGCUCAGAGAUCAGCGCAGAGAUCUCCACAGGAAGUACAAUCAGUGAACAGAAGCCAUUUAGUCACAAAGACUUAGCCACUACACCUACGGACAGAGAGAAUAAAGGACAGAACUGGGAGCAAAGUCUUUCAGAGGGCGGCAGGUCUGAAGCCAGUAUUUGUCUGACACCAAAAGAGCUGGUUAAGGAUGAUUUCUCUAAAAAGGGCGAACUGGCAAUAAAAAGAACUGUGGGUGGAACAAAGGGAAGUGAAGACUUAGAAAAUCUGUGUCAAAAGCAAAGAGUCAACUCUGGUGAUGAGACUGCAGGAAGUAGUUUUAUUUGCAGCACACCUUUAAAACCAACCACCCACACCAAUGAUCCAGUGCCUUCCAAGUCCACUGUGACCCCCUCAACCCUCGCCAGACUCUCAAUGUUCUCCUUCACCGGUGUGACUGAACCCACGACCACAGAUCCCUCAAAUGUGAAGAAAAGUCUGCUUCAAAAAGUUGGUGCUGAAUGCUCAAGAGAUAAUUCCAAAGAUAAAAACACUCCCCCAGAAUACAGUCCCUUAGUUAGGAAGAUUCAAACUAUAGUCACCACAGACAAAGGGAAAGACAUGUUACCCCCACCAGCCACCGAACUCACAAAGCAGACACAGUCUCUUCAUGCUGCAAACCACACCAACAGUGUAAAAACAGUGAAUGAUGGUCCUGCUGACUAUCAAAGCUCUUCCAAUCUGAAGAAGAGGAAGUGUUUUGAGCUGGGCCCUCCAAAGAUCAGUGUUGGUGGCUCCCAGAGUCCGUUCUCUGGACUGUUUGACUCUGUUGACUUCGGUAAUGAUGUUCUUGACACUGACUGGGACCAGGAGGUUUCAAAGAAAGCCAAAAUCUGAAGUCAAAAGCUGCUGUCACAGUGUGUGUGUGUCUGUGUGUGUG